GGGCCGGGCCGGGCCGGGCCGGGCGGUCUCUGGGGCGGUCUCUGGGGCGCUCGGGUCGGCUCAAGGCCUUCAAACAACAUUUUCUUUUGUAGAAAUCCAGUGUGAAAUUGCUGCAAAAGCAGAGAUGAUUAUACAAAGAGUAGUGCUGAAUUCACGGCCUGGUAAGAAUGGAGUGCCAGUGGCUGAAAACUUCCGACUGGAGCAAAGUACAAUAGCAGACACAGUCCAAGCGGGACAAGUGCGUGUUAAAACUCUCUAUCUCUCAGUGGACCCCUACAUGCGCUGCCGAAUGAAUGAGGACACGGGCUCAGAUUACCUGCGGCCCUGGCAGCUGUCUGAAGUUGCUGAUGGUGGGGGCAUCGGGGUGGUGGAGGAGAGCCAGCACCAUAACCUUGCUAAAGGAGACUUUGUAACCUCCUUCACUUGGCCCUGGCAGACAGCAGCAAUUCUUGAUGGAGACUCACUGCAAAAGCUGGAGCCACAGCUUGUAAAUGGACGCCUUUCCUACUUUCUGGGUGCUGCUGGCAUCACGGGACUGACGGCCCUGUUGGGAAUCAGGGAGAAGGGACAUGUGGCUGCGGGUGCAAACCAGACCAUGGUGGUGAGCGGGGCGGCCGGUGCCUGCGGCUCUUUGGCCGGCCAGAUUGGCCGUCUGGAGGGCUGCUCUAGAGUCGUGGGGAUUGCUGGCACAGAUGAAAAGUGCUCCAUUUUGGUCCAAGAAAUGGGGUUUGAUGCUGCUAUCAAUUACAAGAAGGGGGAUGUGGCAAAACAGCUACGUGAACUCUGCCCAGAUGGUGUGGAUGUUUACUUUGACAAUGUUGGUGGUGACAUCAGUGAUACAGUUAUAAGUCAGAUGAAUCAGAACAGUCAUAUCAUCCUGUGUGGACAGAUUUCUCAGUAUAACAAAGACGUGCCUUAUCCCCCUCCACUGCCUCCUGACACAGAAAAAAUACAGAAAGAAAGGAACAUCACAAGGGAAAGAUUCUUGGUGUUGAACUACAUGGACAAACAAGAAGCUAGUGUAUUACAACUCUGCCAGUGGAUCCAAGAGGGUAAACUGAAGGUCAGAGAGACUGUGGUAGAAGGCUUAGCAAGCAUGGGUGCUGCUUUCCAGUCCAUGAUGAAUGGAGGCAAUAUUGGAAAACAGAUCGUCUCAAUUUCGAAGUAAAAGUCAUUGGUUCGAGAAAAAUAAUUGCAUUCGGUCUCUAACAGUGGGCAAGUUUUUACUUAUACUAAUUUCCAUUUCUUAAAUAAACCAUUAAGUUGUUCUGUAUGUACUGAAAGCAGAGAUUUUGGGAUGCUAAUAAAUUAAAUUGAACUGGAAACAGCAAUGCAAUAAUUGAUACUCGAAUAAUACGUUCUUGGCAUGAUUUUGACAGUUGCCACCCACAGUUGCAAAUAUUUAAUGGGUGUGGUUUAAAAGAACAUUCUGUGUUGUCCCAAGCAUAGGCUUAUCACCUGGUUGGUGUGUGACAGCACUUGACACACCAAGGUGAGGAAUUCCUAUUUCUUUAUUGUAUUCUGUACAAACUAGGAAACUGGGGGGCAACUCACAAAAGUCUGGCUCAUCACCUGUGGAGAGCUUUGUGGACAGUUGGUUAGCUGAGAAAGGUCACGUCGACAUGAUGCCACUGGUUAAGCUUGAAGGGGACAAGUAUAGGAGUCAGUAGUCAGUGUCCAAUAACAGGCAAGGACAUUGUGCCCUUGGUGCAACAGCAGGAUAGGGGAGAACAUCUUUGGCAGAAAUAUGGAGAAAAGUUUCAAUAAAAUAUCCACAAGAAUGCAGAAGUAGGCAUAGUUGGCUGAUAAGUAACUAACCAAUAGUGAGCUCGCCUUUGCAAUAUGUAUGAGCCUCAUUAACAGCAACACAAAGAUGUGUGCCUAUCAAUAAAGUUUGAGAUUUGCUGAUCACUCAUAUUCCAUGCCGCAUUUCUCCCGCCGAUUCCAACAACCACCAUCAAAACUUCACACCAUUUGCACAUUUUAGCAAACAAAGCCAUCAGCAUUCAUUGGUUACAACUGAUAUAGCUUUUUCAUUAAUUAGUACUCAGACCCUUAUUUGCCAGUUCUAUCUCUUGCUUCUCAUGCUAAUUAUUUCACAUGUGCACUUCUUCUCCCCAUUCUAUUUGGCAGUCUGUUUUAACUUGGUGGACAGGGGUUGGUGGUUUCUAUCCCCUGCCAGGACUACCUUUCCCCCAGUUACUGCUCAGUCCUGCUGACAUCACUCCAAGGGCUCUUAUCCAGACAGCCCAAUUAUUUUGGGAUUGUGUUCCCUUUUCCUUAAAACAAAGGAUUAGCCAUGCCUACAAGUUUCACCUUGCAAUUGCUUAAUCAUAACUGCCUAGCUAUAGGUACUGAUUAACAACAAAAAACCUGCAAAUUUUGAUUCAAAUCUUGAGGAAGUAAAUAUCACAAUAUUUGCUGAAGAGCUACUCGAGAGUGAGUUCAUCUCUGGCACCAUGAG